AUGCCGACAUACAGUGAGCUUUCAGCGAUUGACGACUCCUUCUCUCCCAAUUUCUGUCCGGUAACUGAUACUGAUGGAGCGGGGGACUCGACGUACCACGGUCCACGAUCAGGUCACUGGACAGUUCGCUCUGAGCCUGGCAGUGCCAUUGAUGACCGCUGCCCCACAGUAUGGGGCGCUGUAAGUGCGGUAGGCGGUCCUGCUGUCUCCACCCGUGGUGUCAAACCGCUGGACCAUCAUUUGCUGGAGAAGCUUGGCAGGAGCGUGGUCGAGCAGAAGAAGGCGGCCGACGCGGCUCGGACGCAGGCCCAAGCUGUGGUCGAAGCGGAAGCAGCGCGUAACGGUGGUAUUCUACGUGUCGGAUACGGUAUGGUGGAGCCCAAGAAGGAGACGGGAAAGAAAGGCUUCUAUCUACCAAAGAGUGCACUUCUGCAGCGAGCGAAGGUUGGGAAGAUCCAGCAACAAGAAGUCAAGUUACCGCACCCUGCAAAACCCCAGCCGGCCGCUCCUGCAGCUCCUGUAGCAACAAUGCAUGCGAGACCACCGUCUGCGUUAUCAGUGCCUGGAAAAGCCGCCCUACGACUUGUUCGUAUCACAGCCAAAGACGGCCGGGAGGCCUUCGUGAGCCUAACAGGCUUGUCUAAGAUCCCAGGCCAGUCACCAAGGCCUGCCUGUUCCCCAGCGAAGCCGGAGAAAGCGCCGAAAGUACCUGACGAAGCAGCGAAGAACCAGAUCAUGGUUGAAAAGGCCAAGCCGACUGAAGGCGAACGCAAGCCAGAGACCCAGAAAACCAACGCCGGCGGGGAAGCUAGGGCUUUAACCGCCGUCAUGAGCGGCGCCCUUCCAUCGGCACCCGACAGCGCAGUCAAUCCGCCAUCUCUCCAUUCCUUCGAUAGUUCUUCUCAACAUGCUCUCAAGGCACCUACUCCUGUGGGGUUGGCGUCGGUAGCUUCCAGCAAGCUUGUUUCUGUAAGAAGCUUGCAAGAGGCCGUUCGGGCAAUUAGCCAGAACAGCGACCGAGCGAGCCACUUAUCUCGUGCAGCUUCCAACGCGGUGAGCACAGGCUGGGCGCAACAGUAUCCCAGAACACGAUCUGAUGGCGGCAACACGCAAGUUGUUAACGGCUGGGCGCAGCCUCAGCCUCAGCACUUAGACGCGCCUUCCAGGACACCAUCUGAUCGCGGCUUUGCAGCUGCUGGUGACGGCUGGAGUGGGCCCGCUUCGGCAGUACCGGCGCCUCAUCACUCAUCUCACGGCGGUGAAAGUCGAUCGCAGCGUUGGUCGCCUGCACAAUCUGCUGUGCCAGGGCACUCUCUUGACUGGAACAACGACUUCGUUGCUAGACAUGCCAGCGAAAUUCAUCAAUCUCCUUGUAGUAACAACGGCCGACCGAAGCCGCACUCACCCGUACAACCUUCUGUACAACACCACCCUUUCAACGACAACAAUGAAUUCGUUGGCGUGCGAGCCAAUGAUGCGCGCUCCGAGCAACGCUCACAGACUGUCUUUGCAGGACAUGGGUGGAUCUCACCUCAUCCGCUAAGCCCUGUUUCGGUGCAGUCACACAUUAGUCUACCGUUCGGGCAGCCGAUCCACAAUCGGGAGCUCAGCUACGACGAGUGGAAGUCGUUACAACAGAGUGUGCGUAAAAGGGAAGCAAUCGUUGCGCAGGAGGCCGGAAAUUGCAACUGGUCUAAGACUGACAGUGUCGUCAGUCAGAAAGCGGCGAACGUAGCAGCCAGUAUUGCACGAAGUGCCAGGGACAGCAGAGCCGGUGGUGUGAAGGCGAGCGGUAGCACGGCUGGAAGCUUCUGUGGGAACCGCCAGAAAACCGCAAACCCGGCGGUCAGUCACAACUACUACAAGGCUUCUGUAGAAAGCGCAAAUGGAAGCCAGAGAGGUCCACAAUCGCAGCAUAGCGUGCAUCGCAGCAGCUUACACGCCAGCCAGCACUUAGGGUCGAAUACCUCGCACCGCCAGCAGAAGUCGCCUAGCCCGCACGUCCACUGGUCCCCGGCUUCGCAGAAGCCAGUUAUGGAGCAGGGAUGGGAUGCACUUCCCGGGCUUGCCCUCGACGGGACAUCUGAUCAACCCGAUGGCGCAGCGCAAUCAGGCGAAGAUGUCUACCGCAAGUAUUUGGAGAACAUCGUUGGCGGACAAGCUGUGCCGGACCGGAUCAUCAAGACUGCAGAUGGCGCAGCAGCUUCUGGCGCUGUUUCCCUCCGGAUGCCAUGGGACAUUGCGCACUCAGGCUUUCACUUCCAUCAGCGCCCUGCGUCUCCAGGCUCAUCAGCAAGUCCUGUUCGUGGACCUGCGCCAGAUACGGUUAGAGAGUCGUGGAGCGCUCGGGCAAAGAACUACAAGCAGGGCCGAGCGGAAGAUGCAUUAAGACCUGAUCAGCGUUCGGUGUCGCACGGAGGUGGAAGGGUCUUUGAUCUGGGUCGAGCGGGGAUGGACCAUGGCGAAUGGUGA